AUGCAGCAAAACGGGGUCAGUAGUGUGAAUCAGCUAGGAGGAGUCUUUGUGAAUGGACGACCUCUGCCCCAGGAUACCCGACAGCAGAUUGUAAAGCUGGCAGUCAGUGGAGUUCGUCCCUGUGACAUCUCCAGAAGCCUCAAGGUAUCCAAUGGCUGUGUGAGCAAGAUUCUGGGGAGAUACUACCGCACAGGUACCCUGGAGCCUAAGGGCAUUGGGGGAAGCAAACCUCGACUGGCUACAGCCCCUGUAGUAGCUCGUAUUGCCCAGCUCAAGGGUGAAUGCCCCACUAUCUUUGCCUGGGAGAUCCGUCACCAGUUAUGUGCUGAAGGGCUCUGCACCCAAGACAGGACGCCCAGUGUCUCUUCCAUCAACCGUAUUUUGAGGGCCUUACAAGAAGACAAGAGGCUUCCCUGGGCCCAACUCAAACUGCAAGCUUCCCCUGCUCCAGGUCUCUAUUUUCCCCACAGUGGUGCUGAAGCCCCUCGGGGGACCGGGCCAGGUACUCGCCAGCGAAAUCGAACUAUCUUCACCCCAUAUCAGGCUGCAGCCCUGGAAAAAGAGUUCCAGAGAGUACAGUAUCCUGAUCCAGCUACCCGGGGAAAGCUAGCUGAGGCCAUGUCUUUGCCUGAGGCUACAGUGAAGGUUUGGUUUUCUAACCGAAGAGCCAAAUGGCGAAGGGAAGAGAAAUUGAAGUGGGAAACUCAGUUCGCAGCUCCGUGUUCUGUGCAGAUCCGCUCCAAUCUUGGAGUUACUUCCCAGGGUCUGGUUUCAGAAGAGACUUCCAAAUGGACUGCUUCCACACAGAAAUACAUCAAUAUCAACCAUGCUUGGGAACAGCAUCAGAAAGGUAUACGAGUAAUGCCUUUCCUGGUGUUUGGCAAGAAUCUUAUGGUGGUAAGAACCCGAAGCCGCCUUCACCUCCCUCCUUCCCCAUUCUCAGGUCAUGAAGAGGGAGGGGCUAACUUUCCUCAACCCAUCAGCAGAUAA